AGAAAUGCGAAUCUUGCGAUCAAUUUAAAGAAUCUGAUAUUUUUAAUAAAAUGAUACAUUUAGUCCAAGCUCAUCGUGUCAUCGUGCUUCCGAAAUUUAUACCAACAGAUUUAAAGGAUUGUACAUGGAUGUGGUAUUAUUUGAGAAGUGAUACGGAGAAUGAAAUAUGUAAUAUUUGCAACAAGGAAUAUAUCAUUGCACACCGAUUCAGUAUUAUUGCGCAUGGGUCAACUUCACAUCCUCGUUCAUAUAAUCCAUUAGAAAAACAUAAUAACUUUACUCCUACUGAAACCAAUGGAGUAAAAUGUAAUUAUUGUUCUCAAAUUUAUAUGCCAUUCUUGAAUCCAAGUACGAAUAUGCAAAAACACUUGACAAGUAAACAUGAGCUUAACGAAAAUAUAGCUAAUGAACUCAAAAUCUGGGUAAACCAGCAACUUGAUAUAAUUAAGAAAUGUGACAUUUGCGAUCAAUUUAAAGAAUCUGAUAUUUUUAAUAAAAUGGUACAUUUAGUCGAAGCUCAUCGAGUCAUCGUGCUUCCGAAAUUUAUACCAACAGGUUUAGAGGAUUGUACAUGGAUGUGGUAUUAUUUGAGAAGUGAUACGGAGAAUGAAAUAUGUAAUAUUUGCAACAAAGAAUAUAUCAUUGCACACCGAUGCAGUAUGAAUUUGCAUGUGUCAAAAUCACAUCCUAAUUUAUAUAAUCGCUUAGAAAUACAUAAUAACUCUACUCCUACUGAAACCAAUGGAGUAAAAUGUAAUUAUUGUUCUCAAAUUUAUAUGCCAUUCUUGAAUCCAAGUACGAAUAUGCAAAAACACUUGACAAGUAAACAUGAGCUUAACGAAAAUAUAGCUAAUGAACUCAAAAUCUGGGUAAACCAGCAACUUGAUAUAAUUAAGAAAUGUGACAUUUGCGAUCAAUUUAAAGAAUCUGAUAUUUUUAAUAAAAUGGUACAUUUAGUCGAAGCUCAUCGAGUCAUCGUGCUUCCGAAAUUUAUACCAACAGGCGUAACAGAAAUAGUACUCAAUCUUUUUCAUGGUGAUGGAAACAAUGUAGAUAGUUCAACGUUAAGCAGCAAUCAGCAGCCAACUUGUAAUACUUCGAGAACUGACGUUGAGAAUGUUGAUUCCGAUUUAAAUACCGAUAGGACUGUGGAGUCUACUGAAAAAUAUAAUUGGACUGAAUAUAUGCAUAUUUCGCCAUCAACGAGCUUUUCCUCAUAUGGUGAUACUGAUAAGUAUAUGUCAGAUGUCAAGGAAAGCACAUUAUCAGAAAAAUUAUACAAUCUUUUUCAUCGUGAUAGGAACACCGCAGAUAUUCCAACGUCUAGCAGCAAUCAGCUGCCAACUUGUAGUACUUUGAGAACUGACGUUGAGAAUGUGGGUUCCGAUUUAAAUCCUGAUGAGACAGUGGAGUUUACUGAAGAAGAUAUUUGGGCUGAUUAUAUACAUAUUGCACCCUCUGCUGAUAGUGAGGAAAUUGAUUCUAUUUAUAACAUCGAAGUGGAUAAGUUAUUUGGAUGUAAUGGAGAAAAAAGUCAUCCGAUGUCAUUCUAUGAAUAAUUAUUUACAAUGCUUUUUUAAUGUAACAUAAAGCAAAAUAGUACAAAAUUAUAAUGAUGACUGUUUUGCGAACAUAUUUUUGUUAAUCAACUACUUAUCAGGCAACUGCGUUUUAAAUUAUUUAUACUUAUAAUACUUUAGUUUUUGUUAUAAGAAAUUGCUCAUUA